AUGAAAGAGUUUCAAAGAGGAAGUAGUCCAGCGGAAAUAUUAAAUUUAUCAAUAGAUAAUGAGCAACAAUAUUUACUGAGUUAUUGUAGUGAUUAUGAAAUUAGUAUUUUUGAUAUGAAUAGGAAAGUUAAGGGGAAAUCUAAAUGGUAUACAGGAGGAGAACAAGCACUAACAAGUAUGAAAGUAGAAGCUACAUGUUUAAGUGCAUUUUUUACAUCAAGUAAUGAAAUAGUAGUAAUUGAUACAAGAGGGACAUAUCAAAAAUAUUGUAUAAAAGAAGUAGAAAUGUCUAAAAUUAAAAUAGAAGGAGAAGGAAAGAUAGAAACAAUAUUUGGAUGUGAAAACUGGAAAAAGAAUAUGAUAAAAGGAAUAAUAGUAAUAAUGAUAAUAAUAAGUGUUCAAGGAAUAUGUUUCACAUAUUCAGAAGAAGAAGAAGACAUUAUUGGAUGGGAUGGAAAUGAGUAUAAAAGAAAAGAAGAAGUACUUAAAGCAAUAAAAAGACAAGAGCAAAAGAUAAAAGAAAAAGAAAAGAUAAAAGAAAGAGAAAUGAAAAGAAUCAAUGACGAAAAUAAGAAAUUUGAAACUUCUUCAAAACAAAAAAGAAAAAAUCGAAAUGAAAGAAGAAAAUUAAUACGAAAAUUAAAAGAAUCAAAAAUCAAAUUAUUAAAUUAUCAAGAAUUAAUUAAAAAUUUUAAUUAA